AUGGGCGCCGUCUUUCCCCAAUCCCGACCCAUUAAGAUGACGUUUCCGAGCCAGCUUCUGGGCUUGACCUCCGUCGCCUCCCUAGCCUUCGUUCUCCUCCUCCUCUUCACCACUCCCGUGGUGGCAGCCAAAUUCACCAACUCUUUUACGAACCUCAGCUACGGCUCAGCCGUCCGAUUAACCUGGGAUACCAUAUCGCCCGAGUUCUACCCGCUGUUCAUCACCGCACAGCUCAUCGACAAAGGUGAGAACACCGAUGGCAACGAAAGCGGUGGAGGCGGAGGUGUGACGGCAUACAAGAUGAAUAUCACGACGGCGGCAAUCGAUUCCUCCUCCUCAGACAAAAACGCAUUCGAAUGGACUGGAAUCCCAUCACCUCUUCGUUGGCUACCCGAGGGGAUUUACCAGGUUGAACUCCACGGCGGGUCUGCGGAUGGGACGGGGACGACGCCCUUGGCCAAGUCUCCGUUCUUUGCUGUCGGUCAACCACCGUAUGCUAGUGGGACGGAGGGCGGGAGCAAGCCUGCGACUUCUUCUUCAGGGGACGAGGUACGUUUUCUUUUUGCUUUUCCUUUUUCCUUCGACUAG